GUGGUUCAGGAGGAUCCACGCUUUCUCUGUCAUUCUUGGCCGUGCCUUGUUACGCAGCAUCAGCGCUCCCAACAUGGGCAGAUAACACAGCCGACUAGGCUGUCAUUCCAUUCUCGGAAAGAUACCAGAAAGCAUCAAAAAGUAGGUUGCUCACAGCAAUCGCUAGUGAGAAAUCAUAGCGUGCGGUUGUGUAAAUAUACAGCAUGGCGCUCAGGCGGAUGAUUCACUUUUAUAUGCUUGAAUUUUAACCUGUAGAUUACAGUGCGUGCAGUUUAAGGACCGAACAUGCUGAUGAUACUUCAGUGGGAUAGAAUUCGUUAGACUGACCAAGACCUCUCUAGUUUCAGCUAUGUCGAGUUCUACAAAGCUGGACUUCUCCGAAGUGGAAACUUUCCUGGAUAAUCAUCCAGAUCUUUUUGAAGACUACUUGCUGAGGAAAGGCAAAUAUAGCGCGGUGGAGAAAUGGCUCAAGCAGCAUCAUCUCAGCAAAACCCCACCGACUCCCACUUCGGGGGAGAAGGGCACUGCCGCUAAGGAGUGCUGGGUGACCAAAGGAGAUGGGGUGCAGAGGAGACCCUCCCACCGGGAACUCAGAAAAAACUUUGCCAGAUCCAAGGCGAUGACCGUCAACAGGACUUACGACGAGCAUGUGAACUCCAGGGACAAGGAACCACUCUCCAGCAUGAGGAGACGAGCUCUCCUCAGGAAAGCCAGCUCGUUACCUCCCACCACAGCCCACAUCUUGAGCGCCUUAUUAGAAUCUCGGGUCAACAUCCCCCAGUAUGCAUCCACGGCGAUCGACUAUAAAUGUGAACUCAGGGAUACCAACGAGAGAGAAUUCUUUCUGGAACUCGUCAAAGACAUCUCCAAUGACUUGGACUUGACCAGCCUGAGCUACAAAAUCCUCAUUUUUGUCUGUAUCCUUGUCGAUGCCGACCGAUGCUCCUUGUUCCUUGUGGAAGGAACUUCCAAUAAAAAGACUCUAGUGUCCAAAUUCUUCGAUGUGCACGCAGGGACCACAGUGCUACCUUCGUGCAGUAUGGAAAACUCGAACGAAGUGCAGGUGCCCUGGGGGAAAGGAAUCAUUGGUUAUGUGGCGGAACACGGGCAGACGGUCAAUAUUCCUGACGCUUACCAGGUUCAUUCAAUUAACACUUCGAGGAACAUCUCCAGAGGGUCUCCAGAGGACCGUCGCUUCAGAGAUGAAAUAGAUAAAUUGACCGGAUACAAGACAAAAUCCCUUUUGUGCAUGCCAAUUCAAAACAGUGAUGGCGAGAUUAUUGGUGUAGCCCAAGCUAUAAACAAAAAUCCAGGAGGAGCUCCCUUCACUGAGGAUGAUGAAAAGGUGCUGGGGAUGUACCUCCCAUUUUGCGGAAUUGCAAUUUCAAAUGCUCAGUUGUUUGCUGCUUCCAGAAAGGAGUAUGAUAGGAGCAGGGCUUUGCUAGAAGUAGUCAAUGACUUAUUUGAAGAACAAACAGACUUGGAAAAAAUUGUGAGGAAAAUAAUGCACCGAGCACAGACAUUACUGAAAUGUGAACGUUGUUCUGUCCUGCUCCUGGAAGACAUUGAGUCUCCGGUGGUAAAGUUUACAAAAUCAUUUGAACUCCUGUCCCCUAAGUGCAGUGCAGAUGCUGAAAGCAGCUUUAAAGACAGCAUAGAAAAAUCAUCCUAUUCAGAUUGGCUAAUUAACAACAGCAUUGCUGAGCUUGUAGCUUCAACAGGUCUCCCAGUGAACAUCAGUGAUGCGUAUCAAGAUCCUCGGUUCGACGCUGAAGCUGAUCAGAUUUCUGGCUUCCACACCCGUUCAGUUCUGUGUGUACCAAUAUGGAACAGUGCCCAUCAGAUAAUUGGUGUGGCACAGGUCCUCAAUAAGCUUGAUGGGAAGCCAUUUGAUGAUGAUGACCAGAGACUGUUUGAGGCAUUUGUGAUUUUCUGUGGGCUCGGUAUCAACAAUACCAUUAUGUACGAUCAAGUGAAGAAAUCCUGGGCAAAGCAAUCCGUAGCUCUUGACGUCCUUUCGUAUCAUGCUACAUGUUUAAAGACUGAAGUAGACAAAUUUAAGGCAGCAAACAUCCCACUUGCCACUGAACUCAGUAUUGAUGAAUUCCAUUUCAAUGACUUCUCUCUUGACAAUGAUGCUAUGAUCACUGCAGCCCUCAGAAUGUUUAUGGAGCUUGGAAUGGUGCAGAAAUUCAAAAUUGAUUAUGAGACUUUGUGCAGGUGGUUACUGACCGUUCGUAAGAACUACAGGAUGGUUCUCUACCACAAUUGGCGGCAUGCGUUUAAUGUGUCUCAAUGCAUGUUUGCAAUACUGACAACUGCAGAUUUUCAGGAACUUUUGACAGAUACAGAAGUUCUUGGUCUAAUGGUAGGCUGCCUGUGUCAUGACUUGGACCACAGAGGCACUAACAAUGCUUUCCAAGCAAAGAGUGGGUCGGCCUUAGCACAGCUGUACGGCACCUCAGCUACUCUAGAACUGCACCAUUUCAAUCAUGCAGUUAUGAUUCUUCAGAGUGAGGGGCACAAUAUUUUUGCAAGUCUGUCUUCCAGGGUGUAUAGUGACAUCAUGCAGCUUUUGAAACAGUCAAUACUAGCAACUGAUCUGACACUCUACUUUGAGCGAAGAAUGAAGUUUUUUGAACUUGUUAAUUCAGGACAGUACAACUGGAACAUAAAGGAUCAACGAGAAAUGCUCAGGUCGAUGCUGAUGACUGCCUGUGACCUCGGGGCUGUAACUAAACCUUGGGAGAUAUCUAGCCAGGUAGCAGAAUUGGUUACAAGUGAAUUCUUUGAACAAGGAGACAGGGAACGAUCGGAGCUGAAACUCACUCCUUCAGCCAUUUUUGACCGUAAUAGAAAAGAUGAACUCCCAAGACUGCAGUUGGAAUGGAUCAAUGGGAUAUGUAUGCCCCUCUAUGAGGCUCUGGUGAAGGUCAAUCCAAAACUGAAGCCAAUGCUACAUGGGAUUAAAAGAAACAGGUGCAAGUGGGAGGAGAUGCACCGAAAAAGACAAGGGAGCAAAGACAACAGCACCUGCAGUAUGCCCACGCAGGACAUCAGUUAAAACCCCAGGCAUCGGCUUGUGAGGAUCAGCUUGACUUGGCCACAAUUCAACUGGAUCAAAAAUUCUUCAGUUGUGAUUUGCAAGGGUGAUGGCACAGCUGAAAUCCCCACUGAGUUGCUGCAGGAUGCAGCAUCCCUUUGCUCCCAAUUGAGAGAGAGAAAACAACAAAUAAGUAAUGCAAUGCGACCAUCCAGUUGAAUGCUUCCAUCUGAAAAAAAAACUGUUAGGAAGUGCAGAAAGUUUCUUCAGUGGUGCACAGAUAAUGUAGCUUCAUCCAGUGGUACUAGUUGCUAAGGGUUUGCUGUCUUCUGCAAAAAAGUAUGAACAUGAUAAGCAGAUUUAAUGAACAUCUAUUAUUUAAACACCAGGGUAGAGGACUGGAGUUUCCUGUGCAUCCUUUGUUAUUCUGCAUCAGCCAAAUCUGCUUUUAGCCAGUUAUUGCCUGCCUCUAUGUUCUCGUAAUGCUGGAAUGUUCUUGUGGUAUCGUUUUCUAUUUUGCAGGUACUUUUCUGAAAACAGUUUUCUAUUUAAUGUGAGGAUGCGUCGAAAUCAGUUCUCUGUAGUCAAGAAAAUGUGAAUGAUAGAUGUAUGGAGGCAAAAUCCUUUUACAUGCAGUCUUUGGCAGGUGGAGCUGUGGUGGUGAGGAAGUAUCUGUAAGAGAAUGUGAGAACACAGCUUUGCUUUUUGCGAAAAGCAAGAUCAUUUUUACAUCAGUGAUGGUUGAAGUUGUGUGUUAAACAGAAUGCAUAAGGAAGCAAAUCAAAUUGGAGCUGUACAAUUAACAGGCAUGGGAUUUUGUCAGCAUGAAAAAUUCAUACCAAACAACAAAAAUCCUUCAGCUCCGUGUGACUGUUCUCACAGCUAAAGGCUCAGAGGGAACUCUACCAGGUGUAGAAACUGAAUUGGCUACUUAUGCCUAUAAGUCGCCAGGCUUGAUUUUAAGAACUCUGCAUGCAUUUCACAUUUGCAAAAUGUGGGAAAACAUUUGCAAGAUUACUAAACCUAUUUUUGUGAGGAGGCCGUGAUUGAUCAUUUGUUUUGGAGUUAUGAAUACACUGAUUUCCAUCAUCCCUGCACUAUCUAUUCAUUGCAAAUACGUUUUUGAAGGUACCACCUUGUCACUUUUCCCAAUGAGAUCUGAUUACCAGUCAGAUUCCUUCUAAGAAUACCAUUAAUCUUCAUGAUUCUGAGAACAGAAAGGAAUUGAUUAUCAGCUAACAUUCAUAACAAUUGCCUAAACGGUGAUCCUUAAUGGGUUCCCAAAGUCAGCUGAUUUGGUAGCACUUCCCUAGACCCGCUGUCUGGGUUGUGUGCACAAGAAAUAAGGCUAAGACUACAAUGUAGUCUUGAGGCAGAGAUGCCAUCUCGGCUCUGUUUGCCUGCUUGAGUAUGUACAAAGAAUCUCAUUUUAAAGAUGAGUCCUAGCUAAUAUUUGCCUCUCAUUAAAAUUAUUUAAAAUUUGAUGAUUAUCGCAUUGUUAUUACAGAGAUUUACUGUGCAUGAACUGAAUGCCACGUUUCUUACAUUAUCACAGUUACCACUUUACCAAUUUUAAAGUACUUUGAGAUGUCUGGUGAUCAUGAAAGGCAUUAUUUAAGUGCAGGCCUUUCUUUCUAACAGUAGCAGUUCAAAACAUAAACCCAUUCUUUAAAGAACCCACCCACAACUAGACACCUUACCUAGUCCAGCAUCUGAACUUAAUGUGCAUCUACAUUUAUAAUCCCUUUUUACAUAAGCCUCAUUCUGCCGUCAGAAACCUUUAACAUUUGAAUUAUUAUUUUAAUAUCAUCUGAUAUGAUUUUAAUUCUGAUUUUUACUUCAUUUAUUUGUUUUGAUUAACUCCUGAUAAUAUGUAACACUAGACAAAUAAGAGGACAGCUAUGAAAAAUACAAAAAUCAUCAAAGCCUGAAAUAUCCCACCCCCAGAUCUUUAACCCAUUUUUCGAAUCAACUUGUUCAGAGAUGUUGUUACACACCUCUGGAGCAAGUGGGACUUGAACCCACGUCACUUGGUCCGGGGGUAGGAACACUGCCACAGAAUAUAUGAUACAGAUCUUUAAAUCCACAAGAAUCAACAAGUAUAUAAUGGUACAAAUUAGGAUGUUUGCUGGACUAUGUAUUGUCAGUGAUCAAAUGGUUAAUGUUAAA